UGCCGUGCUUGUGGGGUGGGGGGAAACCUCUCUGCAGUCCUGUGGUUGCAGAGACACUUGGAGAAAUUACUUCUCUUGGAACCAGCAGAGCUGAGCUGCCAGCUGUCCUGUCCUCAUGGCGUCUAGCUUCCUUCUGCCACAGGGGAGGACGGAGUCCCCUGAGGGACUGUGAAAGGAGUGGGAGAGGGCUUGCAUGCACUGAAGAAAGGAGGGCGGUGACUCGAGGGGCUUCUGUGAAAGUGCCUUAACAGGGCCUGGCGUAGAAGAGGCAGCAAUGCAGAACACUUUCCCUCCUUCCUUCCUGUCAGUGAGCAAACCUAGACCCAGACUGGCCUUCAGGAAUGAGAUUUAAAUAGCUGGCUAAUGGGACACUCAUUGUCACGGGGUAGGCUCACUUUUUCAUAGACUAAGGACUAGGGUAGAAUCAGGGAAAUUCAACAGGCACUAAAAUUAUUAUUGAGCUGCCAGAGACCAGCGGUCAGAGGCCCCAGGUCUGUGUGGCAUCCAGACAGCCCUUUGUGCCCUUCUAGACAGCCCCCUCCUCAGGCUGAGGGACCUGUCUGGAUGCUGAGCUCCCAGGAGGUCUGAAGGGUGUGACCUCCCUUCCUCCCAGCCUCUCCCCCCUCCCACCACCCUGGCCCAGCACAGGGCUGCUAUAAAGCUGGCCCAGCCUGGCUCUCAGCACACCCCACUGCUGGGACCCUCCUGGAGCCUCCUCUGGGGACACGUCCACUCUGCCCCUCCUUCUCCCCAGCAGCGCCAUGCGGCCCCUGUGGCUCUGCUGGGCCCUCUGGGCGCUGCCCCUGGCCGGCCCCGGGGCGGCCCUGAUGGAGGAGUGGAUCCUGGACAGCCUGCUGCAGCAGCUGCACCUCAGCGAGGUCCCCAUUGUGAACAAGGCCACCGUGGAGGGGCUGGUCAUCCCCGCCCACGUGAGGACCCAGUACGUGGCCCUGCUGCAGCGUGGCCAUGCGGCGCGCUCCCGGGGGAAGAGGUUCAGCCAGAACUUCCGAGAGGUGGUAGGCAGGUUCCUGGAGUCCGAGGCGUCCUCAUACUUGCUGGUGUUCGACAUGGAGCAGCGGCUGCCGCCGCGCAGCGAGCUGGUGCAGGCCGUGCUGCGCCUCUUCCAGGAGCCAGUCCCCAGGGCCGCGCUCCGCAGACACGAGCGCCUCUUCCCGCGCAGCGACCGCGCCCGGGUCACCGUCCAGUGGCUGCACGUCCGCGACGACGGCUCCAACCGCACCGCCCUCAUCGACUCCAGGCUGGUGUCCAUCCACGAGAGCGGCUGGAAGGCCCUGGAUGUGACCGAGGCAGUGAACUUCUGGCAGCAGCUGCGCAGCCCCCGGCAGCCGCUGCUCCUGCAGGUGUUGGUGCAGCGGGAGCACCUGGGCCCGCUGGCCUCCAGCGCCCACAGGCUGGUCCGCUUCGCCCCCCAGGGGCCGUCGAGCGGCCGGCAGGGGGAGCCCCAGCUGGAGCUGCACACCCUGGACCUCAGGGACUACGGAGCUCAAGGAAACUGUGAUCCUAAGGCACCAGUGACCAAGGGCACCCGCUGCUGCCGCCAGGAGAUGUACAUUGACCUGCAGGGGAUGAAGUGGGCUGAGAACUGGGUCCUGGAGCCCCCAGGCUUCCUGGCCUAUGAGUGUGUGGGCACCUGCCAGCAGCCCCCAGAGUCCCUGACCUUCAAGUGGCCUUUUCUGGGGCCUCGACAGUGCAUCGCCUCGGAGACGACCUCGCUGCCCAUGAUUGUCAGCAUCCAGGAGGGAGGCCGACUCCAGCCCCAGGUGGUCAGCCUGCCCAACAUGAGGGUGCAGACGUGCAGCUGUGCUUCAGAUGGGGCGCUUGUGCCAAGGAAGCUGGAGCCGUAGGUGUGGAGUGUAGCAUGAAGGCCUCUGACUAGGCAUGUGCACAAAGCAGGUCUUAACACAGGUCUUAAUUUUCUACUUAGCAAGUUAGUCCUGCAUCAACCGAGUGCACCUCUUGUAAUUUUUUGUGUGUUCUUCUGUUUCUUGCCCUCCUGUCCAUCACUCGCCCUGAGCACUUACAUGAGUAACUAAUGCAACCCGGGUGGCAGCGCUGUAGAAGGAAAUUUCAGCCAACUUGUUAAAGGAUACAGCUGAGCAUGGACAGACUGUCAGCUCCGAGUUUCUGUUCUCUAGCAAAUUCUCAGCUGAGUGUGGGACAACACACCCUAUAAUGAGAACUGGGAAAAUCGACUGACUUACUCUAUCAGAUGAUGAAUUAAAACAAAACAAAACAAAACAUCCCUCUGUUUCCCCUAGGCAAGGAGAAAAUCUAAAAAGAAUCCCCACUUACCAAAAUGUUGGCCUAUUCUGGGCUUCUGUAAAUAUACUUGGGUCCCCAUUCCCCUGAGAGAGUGCUAGAAGGGAGGGUGAAGGGCUUUAGCCUAGGGGCAGUGGACAGGGAAUUGGGACCCCUGAUUUCUGGAUCUAAUAGGGCCAUAAACUGUGCCCUUUGGGCCACCAUUUCCUUUUAAAAAGAAGGAUUUGGGAUUUGGCUCUGGGACUUCAUCGCCCUGGGGAUCGGACAACCCUACUCUCACCCAUUCCUCUGCUCCUCUGGAGACAGAGCAUUGCUGUGCUAAACUAUUUAGGUUAUUUCCUCCACCGUUUUAGAGAACUUCUCACCAGAACUCACAUAUAUUUACAUGGUUUUCUGAAACUUAGCAAAAAGAAAAUAAUUGCAUGUAGAUAAUCUGCUGAAAUAAAAUAGAAGUGAUGUUUCA